AUGGAAGCGAAGGGAGUGUACAAGUGCCUGCAAUGGACAAUUGACUCUAAUUUGCACAGUGACAAUGAAGUGAUCUGCAGACAAUCUGACUGUCCGGCUGAAAUCUCACUGAAAGAGUUUCGAGUGUUCGGCAGUACUCGGGCGGGCAACCGAACUCAGAUUCGGAACCUAGUCGCAGCUUUCAAAAGUAACGCUCUCUCCUGGCAUUUUGAAGGUGUAUUGUCUUUAGUCUGUCAGGUUCUCUGGGAAACUGGGAAACAAUUAUCAGAGAGUGAAUCUAAGAGUCGGGAUGCGAAGGAUCAGUCAAACGCCUAUUGCCGCGUUGAUGAUCCCAGAGGGAACAGUGCUAGGCUUCAACAUCGAGAGUUACUAGACGAAGACUUUGUCCGCGACAUUCUGAAAGUCCUGGAAGUUCAGCUUGACUCUAUCCAAGAAAAUUGGGACAAAAAUUUGUCUCUUCUAUGCUUGGUAACAUUUGGCUGUCGUUUGCUUGAAUUCUCAGAAAGCAAGGAUGUAAUUUCAACAUUUCUGUUUCGCUGCCGAAAAAUUGGUUUGGACUGGGUGAGAAAAGUUAAAAACAAGAUAGAGUCUCUUAAAGUCCGUGGUGUUGACGAGUCACCGUUAAAAAUUAAACUGGUCCAAAUCAGUCUAACUAUAGCCAGUACAUUUUUCGUGAGCAAUGUGAACGUACAGUUGGUCCUCAAUUGUGCAGAUCACGCAACAACUUGGAUGAUAGUUCAAAACAAUGUGUCUGACAACGUCGUAAUGAACAACAAGACAUCGCUUUUUAUAAAGAACCUUGUGCAGAAAUGUUGGUUGACAGGCCUUCGGAUCGAGAACGCUCUAAAAUCAAUUUUGGAAGCCAAUUCAGAAACCAUUCAACAGUUUGCGUGUUAUCAAUACCAACAUCUCGCCCUUUCGGGUGAAGAGGUUGGAGCCGAUUGGGCAUCUGUUCCGGAGGCUUCUCCGUGGAUGAAAACAGAUCUGAAUCAUGGAGAGCACAUGUGUGUGAACAUCCUUACUGGAACCUUUCUAGUGAAUGGCGAUCCCGUGAAACGUCUUCCAACGGAUAUUAGGUCACACACAUUUUACCAACGGAUCUUUGGCUCUGCAAACUUGACCGUAGCUCCUGGUGAUUACCCUGGAAGCUUCGUGACUACAAAUGAAAUAGACGGAGCUUGCUACCAGUUCCUUAUGAUGAAUAGCAUUCUCCUAAUCACAAAACGGAUAGCCUCAAAAAGACUGUAUUAUUUGCCCGAGAUCCUUUUGAAAAACCACUUGCCUUACGAGUUAUGCCAGUUCAGUCACUGGCUGGAAGACAACGAAGAAAACUCGAAAUACAUUGAGUUCAGAUGUCAGAAUGUUUUCUCCUCGAAUUCACCUCCGACCUACAGAAUCGAAGAGAAACAACAACAUGCUUGGGAGCUGAUUGAUGCCCACGACGCCUCUUUAAUGAUCGGCAUGCAUAGUGAUAUAUUUGAUAAAAUGCUCCGUUUGAAACUAGACCGAAUAGAAAAGCGUGAUCACAUACACCUAUUUCUGCUCCCUGAAAACAAAACGUUGACAAUUAAACUUCCCAGACACAGGAUAUCCUUUUCAAUAUCUGGAAACUUUUCUCAAAUAAGCCCCCUUGAGUUUCCUGGCUUCAAACUCGCUGACUCUGAUUAUCUGGGAACUUUAAUUGGUUUAAGGAGUUGCAUUGUCCUUGAUUCCGUUGGCUCUGGAACCAGGAAAAAGUUAAUUAUUCCCCAUAGCGACAUAAUCGAAUCAUUCCGUUUCAAGCAUGUGCGAAUUGAAGUAAACCAGGAGUCUUUUCACAAUCCAUCGUAUUUUGCAUACAAUGUGGACGAAAACUUCAAACAACUUUCACCGCCAUCAAGUGAUGAAGCGAACCUGUAUCUUGCCAUGUUACACGUGAAAACAUCGUACCCCCUGCCUGACCCGUUUACGAAACUAACAGGAUUUGAAAUGAGCAUGCAGAUCCUGAACAAGGGUCGAAGUCACUCCUGCACGCCGCUGGAUCCGAGGUCCCUUCAAAUCUUGAAAACUCUCCAAGGGUGUUGUCGCGAGAGAAAGUUUAGAGUCACUCGCGGAGUAACAAAAGGUGAAAUUGAAGUUUACCCUCGAAUCCCGCCGUAUUCUAUGUGUACAUUGGAGUCCCUUAAAUUGCAGUGUGUCAACUUGCAGAUUCACAGUCAGAAGUUGAAGUACAUGCUGCCAAAUCUAGAAAGAACAAAAGAAAACAGCUCAGAUCCAGGAAAAGAGACAGUUUCGAUCCUUCUGGCAGAACAGGCGAUGCAGAAGCUCCGAGACAAAGUUUACCCUCUGAACAUUAAAAACUCAAAGCUGAAGGUCGCAAAAGCAGACAGUAUUGUGCAUAAUACAAAAAUUAUGUUUAAAGAAGAAGCAGUCAUUGAAGAAGUUCGAAACAUAGCAUCGAUACAAUAUCUCAGGAAUUCAGAAUCCCGGUAUGUCGAAGAAUACUCCUUGAGUGCAUGGGCGAACAGUUUAAAUGACAUGCAUGGCUUUAGAACAGCAAGUUUUAUGGACCAUCGGGACUUGAGUAUCUGGAAAGCAUUGACAUUUAAGAAAGAGUGCAUGCUGGAUCUGUACGACUUAGCUCGCAAAGGCGAUGAAAAAAGAGACUUGUUGUAUACACUGACAUCGUUUCUCGCAUACGAACAGUUGCUGGACUUUAAAUACAUGGUUUCGUUUCUCGUGAUAUCGGAACAUUUCAGCAAUUUCCAGACAUUAGAUCCUCCUGAUUAUCCGUUUUAUCAAGACCUGCCGAAAACUAAUAUUGUAGAAAGCGAAGUCAGGGACAUAGUUAAGCGCUUUUUCAAGGAGACAAAUGCAUUAAUUGAUGAUUACCUUAGCAAAAAAUUCACGUAUGCGGAAAGACAACUGGAAACAUUUAAAGAGAAUUUUGAUGAAGAAAGAAGAAAAGCGGAAAUUUACUUAAAUGAAAAAAAAGCUGAGGAACUAAAACGAGCAGUUUCAUUGGCUAUGAAAGCCUGGCCAGAUAUUAAGUUCCAAUUUCAGGGAUAUUAUGAAUUUCUUGAUAAAGACGCGGCUACAGAAAAGCUCUCGGUUUUGUUCUACAACCGAUAUACUAACAAAAUGUUGUUCGAGUUCUUGAAAAAAGUGGAAAGCGCUAUAGAAAAAAUCCUUGAAGAUAACAAAAACAAAGAAAUUUUGAUUAAAUUUCCCAACUUUGUAGCUGAGUUUGAUCAAAAAGUAAAUUUUAGUAAAAGAAUCGAUUUGAAGCAAAAGCUCAAAUUUGAGACCGGUCCUGCGAAUUAUGAGGACCUUAUACGGCCUUUUGUGCAGCUACACGACGUUAAAAAUCUUGACGUAGAGAUAACCGAUGUAGAAAGCUCUGAAAAUUUGGACGAAGACAUCGUUGAACUGGUCGGGGGGUUCGAAGCCGAAGACGCCGUCAGCCAAGACUUCAAAAAGCGUUUAGAAGAAAGUUGGAAGACUUUCAAUGACAAAAAAAAUACUUCCAAACUAAUCAUGCCAGGUCGUAUUCAACUCGAAGAGAACUUAAAAAAUUCGAUUGAAAAAAUAUCUGAAGUGGAAAAUGCCAUGAUGGAUAUUUUACUGCCAACAGAAAAUGAGUUUGUGAACGUAGCGCUGCAUAAAUCUGGAUUGGUGUUUAGAGACUCGCCGUUGGAGCUGGUUCCGCAUCUCUUCAAAAGAAAGUUGGUGGAAAAUGAAUACGACUGGAAAGACCUCUUAGGAGCUCUAGUGAUUAGAUGGACCGAAAAGCAACGGUUGGAACGAUGUUUACAGCACCUCGAGAGCGGAAAAACGGUGUAUCUAGAACGUGAGUGGAAAAAUGUUGGUCAUACCAACUGGGUUCCUCGAUACUUCGUGGAGUGGUUGAUUCUCGAAGCUGAAGGAAACUUCAUAAUCCGACCCGAACAAGUCGAAAUCGCCCUGCAGAUGUUUGAGCCUCCUAGCGAGAAAAACGCAGUGAUGCAAUUAAACAUGGGUGAGGGAAAAUCCAGUGUCAUUGUUCCUAUGUUGGUGGCAUCUAUUUCACGGAAAGAAGGAUUUUGUCCCCAAGUCGUAGUUCUAAGUUCACUGUACCCCACUAAUUCACAAUCUUUGUCCUCGAAGUUGGGAAACAUUCUUGGCAUGCGUCUGCUUCGACUGCCGUUCUGUAGAGAUCUUGAGCUAACGUGCGAUCAAAUAAAUCACCUCUCAGAGUAUCUCAAAGAACACAAAAAACAAAGAGGCUUUUUGGUUAGUACUCCUGAACAAAUGAUGUCAAUGCAACUGAAGGCUUUGGAAGUCUACAUCAAAGACAAUGGAGAUCAAACUAAAAGCUAUCAUGGCCUUUCAAUUUUGUAUGAAGAGAUAGUUAGAAAUGUUUUGGACGAAAGCGAUGAUAUUUUGUCGGUUAAGAGACAGUUAAUUUACACGAUGGGAUCCCAAAUUGGGCUGGAUGGAAACAACCAACGUUGGAUAGUUCUCCAAAGCAUAUUGAGAACCCUGAAAAAAUAUGCAGGUUCGAUAUUUGACAAAUGCGGCUCAGAGCAUGUUAUGAUCAGCCAAGAAAGAAACGAGACUAAGCACCAAUUCAACGUUUUCCGUCUUCUCGACAAAGAUUCGGAGUCUUUUCUGAAAAUCAGUCAUCUGAUUCUAGACGAUUUUCUCAAAGGCAGUACUGAAGCUGAUUUGAAGCCAUUGACUGCUGAUCAAAAAGCACACGUGAAAGACUACAUAAUGGCGGAUAAACUGGAAAUAAAUCAGACUGAAAACUUGGGAGUGAUUCUUGGCGAUUCUGAUGUUCCUCACGUCCUGUUUCUUCUUCGAGGAUUUUUCGGCCUGAAAAUCCUGCAGCACUGUCUGACUUUGCGACACCGGGUAAACUACGGCACAGGGAGACACCGCAACAUGGCGGUUCCGUUUCGGGCAAAAGAUGUAGCGGCGGAUAAAACUGAUUUUGGCCACCCGGACGUGGCGCUGGCCUUGACACAGUUGACCUAUUACUAUCAAGGGAUCCCAGAAAAAGGAUUCGAGGAAAUUAUGUGGAAACUGACUUACAUGGAAAUAAGUGUGGCAACUGCCAUAUAUGCGGAAUGGGUUGCGUUCUGCCAUCCUGACUACCUGCCAGACGAAUUGAAAAGCUUCAGCAGUGUCAACGUAUCGGACAAGAUUCAAUUGCGUACGUUGUAUGAUCUGUUUCACAAGCACGUUCUAGUAGUCGACUUCUGGCUUGUACACUUGGUCUACCCUCAAGAAGCUAAACAAUUCCCUAAAAAGCUUUCCACCACCGGCUGGGAUUUGUGUAGUGAUAAUGGAAACCUAGUGACGGGAUUCAGUGGCACUAAUGAAACCCAAUUGCUACUGCCUCUCACAAUAGAACAGUGCGACUUAGCCUCUCUGCAGGGAACGAAUGCCCUCGUUAUGCAUAAUAUGCUUAAACCCGAGAACCAAUUCUAUUGGGCUCUAAAACAUGGAGCGACUGGUCCCGAAAUUCUAAAUUUCAUUAUUGAACAAAGUGAUUGCAAAAUCAAGGUCAUUUUGGACCCUGGAGCUUUGAUUUUGAUGCAAAAUGCAGAAUUUAUCCGUCUCUGGAUGUCGAAAACGUCAGACGUAGAAAUCGAAGCAGGGAUUUUUUUCGACGACAAGGAUAACAUGAUGGUGCGUGACCGAAAAGGUUUCGUUACCCGAUUUCACCUCUCGCCCUAUGCUGAAAAACUCAGUUCGUGCAUCAUUUAUCUGGACGAUGUUCACACCCGUGGAACGGACUUGCAGUUUCCAAGUGGAACGAAAGCGGCUGUUACUCUAGGAAAGGGUCUGGCGAAGGACAAGUUGGCCCAAGCGUGUAUGCGGAUGCGGUUGCUGGGCUGCGGUCACAGUCUAGCUUUCUUUGCAUCUUAUGAAGUUGACCUUGAGAUACAAUCUCUGAGUUCUUGUCUCGCUGAUGGAAUAUCAGAGGUUGGUAAAGUAAUUUCAUGGGUGUUUGGAAAUAGUAAAAAACAGGUCAAAGAUGGACUGGCUCACUGGGCCAAUCAAGGAACAGAUCAAUUGCGCAAAAUGUGUGCUUACGACCGACACAAUUCAAAUGAAGUCGACAGCAGUUCGUUGCAACGUUACGGACUUGACGUCGUUCAAAAAGAAGUUACUGAACUGAGAAAACUGUACGGAAACUACAGAGAAAAAUCAACUCUGUCUAAAUUAAUAUCCGAUCGCACUGCCAAGUUUCUGACCCCAGAUCACGAAUACAGUGAGACGUGCAAGGCCUUUCGCAAGAGUCUCGUGGCAAAAUGCGAGGAAUUAAUUCCGGGAAAGGAAGUGUUCGCCGAUCUGUUUGACGAGGAACAAGAACGAGAGUUGGAACACGAAGAGGAGGAAGAGCAACAAGUCGUUAGACCAGGACGAAUGUCGGCUAGAAAACCCGAACUACCCAAAUGCGUGAGAGAAUUCAUAGAAGGCAGUGUGUUUGAGCCCAGUAAGUUCCUGUGCCUGGAGGAAUGCUUGAAAUACACGAGGGUUUGGAAUGAAAUCCAAUUCGCAUUCAAGAACGUCUAUGCAAGUCCAGAAUUCCCAAAUGUUACCACAGACAUGAGCCGAGUGAUUGCCGGGAUCAUGAUGAAUACGGCCACAUCUAUGUCACGUGUAUCUACACAAUUAGGCGAUUCUAAUACGCUGUCUAAACCCCUGGAUGAGUUUUUGAGAGACCCCUUCUGGUUGCUGAGAUGCAACCUCACCGGAACCAUGGUGCUUUUGACUCCUUUUGAGGUCAACGCACUCUACGAUACUCUAACCAAAAUGGAACACGCCGUUCUUUUCAUGUUCCAACCUUACUAUCAAAAACCAUCCAAGUCGAUCCCGGCUCUGCAAGAUCUUCCUGGGUUUUCAAUUCCCAAAGGAAACUGCCUGACAUUUGCCGACAAUGCCCAGUUUGCCGAGCUGAACUUAUUUGCAGGAAAUCUGUACUUUGAAAACUCGGCACAGGAGCAGUGGAUUUGCAGCUAUAUAGGUCUUCUGCCUCUGCCGCGAACUCCAGAGCAGGAGGAGGCAUUCGAACAGAAAUUAAUCGCCUCUGACGGAUUUGUGAGACCAGAGAAUAGACGUGGAGUGCCUGGAACUGAGCAUUGGAACUGUCCUUUCACCAGAAGUCCUGUGUCCGCCACCCUGGAUUUGAUCAGCAUCCGAAACGUGGACACCUUGUAUCCGUCUAGCCACAUGUACAGACUCAUGUCAAGAUGUCAUUACAACUUCAAAUCAUAAUUAUUCCCGAAAAAAUCAACGAAAAUGGCAAAAAAAACAAAGCAUUGAAAACUCACUGUCGACAGGGGUGGAUACAAUGUGUGUGUGUGUGGGGGGAGGGGGUUUGUUGAAAUGAUUUUUGGUACUAUUUUACGACAUCCAUUUUUGACGGGCCAAAUGUUUUUCUCUUUCUUAAGACACCAAUACAAACCAUUUUGGAAGAAAAAGGCUAGCCAAAAGUGCGUUUUUAUCAAAAAAAGUUUUCAAAAACCGAGUUUUAUG